CUAACACACACUGUUUAUUGAUUCAAACACUGAUCUGAUCACUGACACUGUGCAGUCACAUGAUGUGCGCGCGUCUUCCUUCGUUCGUUUUGCGGAUCAUUUCUCGCCGAACUCCCGUUCAAAAUCUGCCAAUUUAAGGAUUCUCUUCUCCUCGGUAAACGUCUGUGUUAUAACAGAGUUGUUAAAUAGCAGAAUCCGUCUGAUCCACCAGGAGACACAGGUUACAAUGAGUGUCUGCUCUCAGCUCACCUGUGCUGCUGGCCCCUGGUUACCUGUCUGCAGGCAUCAGAGCUGGUUCAGGUCCGGUCCAGUCCACAUCAGUCCGGUCCGAACUGGUUCAGAAUGGCGGCCAUGUUGAGUCCUCUGAGGAUGCUCCUCUGUGCUGCAAAAUGUCCGCCAACCCGCCACUGUUCAAGCUUCGUCUCCAGGAUGAGGUACGUGAACAGGCUGAAGGAGGAUGAUGCGUCCUGUCUUGCAGCGCUGCAGAGUGGUCACAUUUUCCUGUUCCACCGCCUGUCUCCUCUGCUGCAACACACCGAGAGAGGAACCUUCAGACCACCAGCACUCAUCAGCUCAGAUGUGCAGUCGGUCCUGGAGAGACUUGGAUCAGAUGGAUCCCUGCUGAAGGAGUCUGUUCUUAUCGGCUGUUCUGAACAGAACCAGGCUCAAUUCUGUUUGGAUGUUGGAGAACUGGAUCAGGCAGCAGUAGAAGAAGUGUGUGGAGGAAACUUUGUCCAACUGAGGAAAUCUUACUUUCUGCUGACCGGAGCAGAGGCGCCUCUGUUGGCCAAGGGUCAGGCUCUGCUGCGCUGGCAUCAAACCAGCAGGUUCUGCAGCGCUACAGGUCAACCGACACUCCGAAACCAGGCAGGGAGUCAGAGAGUCUGCAGCAGCAGCGGCAUCGUCUACUAUCCAAAAAUGUCUCCUGUGGUGAUCGUUCUGGUGUCUGAUGGGAAACGGUGUUUGUUGGCCCGGCAGUCAUCCUUCCCUCGGGGGAUGUACAGUGCUCUGGCCGGUUUCUGUGACAUGGGUGAGUCUCUGGAGGAGACUCUCUGCCGGGAGGUGGCGGAGGAGGUGGGUUUGGAGGUUCAGAGCAUCUUCUACAGCUCCUCACAGCACUGGCCUUUCCCUCACAGCUCUUUCAUGCUGGGCUGCCAUGCCACCAUCAGCCCCGCCCACACUCAGCUGGACGUCGACCACACGGAGCUGGAAGAUGCUCGCUGGUUCGGACUGGAGGAGAUCACCUCUGCCCUGCAGGUGAAGACUCCGCCCAGGAGAGGUGACCCCCCCGUCCUCUGGCUCCCACCGAAACACGCCAUUGCCAACCACCUCAUCAUGGAGUGGACGAACCGGCAGCGAGUCAGUGAGGUCGGAGAGUGAUGUCCAGACUCUGAGGAGCUGCUAACUGCUAGCUGCUAACCAACUAGUCCAAAAAGUCCAGUGAGUCGUUCAACAAAACAAGUCCAUUAAAUCAGAGUGCAGCGAGUCUAAGUCCAAGUCAAGGCCAAAUCAAGUGCAAGUUGAAUGAGUCCAACGAGUCCUGAGACCCAGAAAAGGUUCGGAAAAAUCUUCAGGAGGUAUUUUAAAGUACAUCAGAACACUUGAUCCUAAGACUGAAACAGAUAAAAGCUAAAACUGGGGUCAGGUUGUAGCUAAACCCACGGCAACAUUACUUCCUGUUUACAUCUCCCAAAGCAUUCUGGGAGAUGAACAGGAAACAUAAUCACCAUUAAUAUGAAUGUUUUUAAUGUUUAAUAUUCACUGAAGCUCAGAUCAGGAAUCAUCACGGUGUUUUACUGCCUCACCUCACACAAGAACUGAACCGUGAUCAGUUUAUUAUCAUCUGUAGGUUUGUGAAGGGAAGUUUUGUUUUGUUUUUAUGUGUUAUUAAUGUGACAGAAUGUAAUAUGACACUUUAACUCUGAUCAUCUACAAACACACAAUCUACCUCAGUUGUUUUACACUCUGUUAUAGAAGCUGAUAUUUUGAUAAAAGUAUUUUGUUUCCUCUGACUCUUUGAAGCUGUUUUUACAUCUGUUCCUGCAAAAUCUGCAGACAGACACAAGUCCGAGUCACAGAUCAAGUCCGAGUUUGAUCUUUGAGACAUGUCAGCUGCUGUUUCAUCUUCACCAGCUGAUCAGAUGUGAAACUUGAUCUAAUUACUAAACACAGAGUAAUGUCUGAGUGUCAACAUCAAAUUAGAGUUUUAUAGAGUUCAAAAUGAAGUAAUUACAGAUUAAAAGAAGGAUGUUUGUUAAACAAGCGAGCAUCUACUUUCAUUUAUUAAAAAUGUGAUUCUGUAAAUGUGGAAACAUUUUCAACAGGAAAUAAAACAAGGCUUUAAUAUCUGAUGUCAAAA